UUUCUCAGCAGCAGUCUAAUCAUAAGUGAGCGGAGGCGGGACAUAAACAGUUGAAGGUAUUCUCUGCCUCCAAUGGGAGAGUCAAAGAUCUGCCCUGGUUUUGCAACUGUCCAAUUAGAGUAGAGCUGGGACAUAAAUAUGCCAGGCUCUAAGUGGUGUAACAAUAGCUGAAUUUUGUGCGAUAUUGCUUAUUAUAGAGCGUUAUUGAGAAUUAUAUUGAGAACGUCAUAUUUUGAUUUACUUUUUACAAAUACAAAAAAAUGUCAUCAGACAACGGAGACAUUGUAGUUACUAAUCAAUUUUCAAGAAGAGCUUUCUCAGAAAAAAUUGGAGAUUGUUUAAAAAGGGAGGCAAAUACCACACAUAUGUGAACCGACACAGGAAGGGGAGGGAUAUACUCGCCACUUCCAAAACUGUAAUUAUUAAAGGUAUCCGUGGCUUACUGGUAACUGUCAAUUAAACAAAUAAUACUGCUCAGUAUAAUCUUUUGUUCAGUACAGAAAAGGUGAUAUGGAACAGCACUGGCUACAGCAAUCUAGGAUGUCUAACGAAGUCACCACAAAAACAUAAGCGUUCCCAAAGUUACCUGCGAGCCACUGUAACACUCAAAACUUUUGGACAAACCCGUAUUGAUAAUGGAUAAGCAGAAGAGAAAGGAUACAAUACAUCACAAUGAGCAAACAAGAACUGGCUUUCAGAGGCACGAUGAAGGUACCAAUUCCUCAAAUAGAGAUUUACCAUGCAUGUGAUGGCCCUGGAUUGUCCAUAUUGUGCUUUAUGAGAUAUGAGAUUUUGGAGUACUUCAGCGUCUAUGGGACAGCUAUCUCAAUGUGGGUCACUCUUAUAGCUCUAGGAGACUUUGACGAACCAAAAAGGUCCACCCUCACGAUGUUUGGUGUUCUCACUGCCGGUGUGCGCAUCUAUCAGGAUCGCUGGGGGUACGGUGUCUAUUCGGGGCCAAUUGGGACAGCUGUGCUGAUGAUCACUGUCAAAUGGCUGAGGAAGAUGAAGGAAAAGAAAGGCCUAUACCCUGAGAAGAGUGUGUACACACAGCAGGUGGGGCCGGGGUUCUGCUUCGGAGCACUGGCUCUCAUGCUCAGGUUUUACUUCGAGGAAUGGGAUUACACCUACGUUCACAGUUUUUAUCACGUGUCCCUGGCCAUGGCCUUUGUCCUGGUUCUCCCGAAGACCAACAGACUGGGAGGAACGGGAGGGAACCCUGCGAAGCUCAGCUGUUACACUCUCUGCUGCUGUGGGACUAAGCCAGCGAUAAAAGACAGGAUUCAAACAAUCUGGAGUUCAACGACUAAACGUCCCUGGAUUCGGGCCUGCGACCCAGGCCUACCUUUCCGCCGCCCCCAGCCAGAAACCAAAUAACCUGCAGGACCUUCAGAGAGAGGGACUGGGGAGUGGGGUUGCCUUGUCUUUUCUAGGCAACAUUCCAUAUUAAAUGCAUUGAACUAAGUUUUACAGAGUGGUAUGGUGCAGGACAAACCAGUGUGCUCACAUUCUCACUGCCUGUACACUGGGGAAGCUAAAUCUCAACAAUGCAAUUUAAGAGAAUUGCACUGUAUAUAACACACUCCUUCCCCAUAGUGACUAUUUUUUCAUAAGGAGUAGAAAUCCUAAAUUGUAAAGAGUGAUUAUGUUUGAAUGUUAUUUUCAUAUGUUUUGUAAACAUAGUUGUUUAUUUAUAUUGUCUUAUUAAUUUUAAUUGAGAAUCGUCUGUCGCAGCGAGAAUUGCCUUUAUAGAUAAUUAAUAAUAAACAAAUCAGUUGUAUUAUAUUAUAGAGCAUACCCCUACAGGUACUGUUUUUGUAUACAAAGACAUUUGUAAGGCUUUUUGAUUUUACUGUAUACUGGAUCACAGACUAAACAGAUUGCAGUUGAUAUGAAACAGAUUUGAGUUGAUGUAAAACACACAGCCAGAUCUUUCCAUCCCAUUUCUCCGCUUCUUUGGAGCUUGCAUUGGCUUACAGUAAAGUAGAGCAUUUGUUUCAAAUUAUGUUAUUAUUAUUAUUAUUAUUAUUAUUAUUAUUAUUAUUAUUAUUAUUAUUAUUAUUAUUAGUAGUAGUAGUAGUAGUAGUAGUAGUAGUAGCAGUAUUUAUUUCUUAGCAGACACCCUUAUCCAGGGUGACUUACAGUUGUAUACAAAAAAUACAUAUCAAGAAUUACAGUACAGUUAAGAGCAAGAUACGUGUUUUUUGUUUACAAAACUGUUCAGGGUCCAGCGUAUUUCAGCAAGUGAAGCAGACUUCAAGUGAAGCAAGAGCCAUCCUUCUGGUACUCCCUAGAUUUCAAGAUUUGGGGCGUUGAGUGGUUCCCAACCUGAUUCCGAACGCUGAGACAUUUCACAGUUUUGGCUGGGUUAAAGACCUUAUUUGAUAAGUCUUUUGUUUAUUUAGCUCUGUAGAGAUGUCUUCGCUUUGUAAAGCACUCUGAGUUGCUUGUAUAUACAAAUGUUAUGGUAAUUGGUAUGGUGUAAGCUUGAAACUAAGCCUGCUAUUACAGUGAGAGUUACAGGAGUUUAAAUUUAGGGAUAAUGGCUCCAUCAAAAUCUGUUUCUAAUUCUACAUUAAUUCUACUUAUGUAAACAUAAUGUAGUCUUAUGUUACUGAUUUACACAAUAACUUUGGUAUAAGAUCUGGCCAGAGCUCAAAUUGACAUUUCUCUGUAAACUGAAAACACAAAUCUCAUAUUGUAAUAUAUAAUUACAGCAUAUACUGUCUUAUAAAAGAUUACCAUGGUAAUUUAGCACUUUUUCUAUGUCUUUUCCUUGGUUACAGUUUACCAUGGUUUGCCAUGUUUUAAUAUGCUUUACCAUACCUCUUUGGGCUUACCUAUGUUUCACCAAGCUUUCACUAGGCUUUAUUAUACUUUGCCAGCUUUCUACUAAGGUAUGCUUGUACAGGCUGGAUUUAUUCACUUGUAAUUUAACUUUUGAAAUGUUUUGUAACAUAACUAAAUACAAAUAUAUUUUGCUUUUUGAAUUUAA